AUGGCUUCCUCACCCUCCAAGACCGAGCAAUGUUUGUUCUGCUCGAUGUCGGAGUCGAUGUCUGAGGACUGUCUCCCAAGUAGUGCGCAGCAGCUGAAAGUUCCGGAUGCAGCGGCCAAGAAGCGGAGCAAGAAGUCCGGCCAAAGAAGCGAUGGAGGGUCCGAACUGGGAGCUAGCUCUGAUGUGGAUCCGAUUGAGAAGCAGUUGGAAGAGGAGCAACUCGCCAAGGAGAAGGCCUUUGCAAAGCAGAUGGCGGCGCGGAAGAAGCUACUUGCCCGGCAGAAGGCAUGGAAGGAAGAGCAGCAGAGGCAAGAACAGGAGAUGCGUGAGCUGGAACUCCAGGUUCAACGCGAAAUGGAGGAGCAGCAGUUGGAGCACGAACAGAAGUUGCUGGACGCCCAACUGGCAGCAGAGCAAGAGUUCGUGAAGAAGCGCGAAGCGAUUCGAAGGCAGUUUACGAGCAGCGUCAACCGAGUCAACGCGCUGAAAGACCAAGAAAGCGCUGUUGGCGAAGCUUCGGAGGACCAUCCGAAGAAGAGAGUGAAGGAGUGGCUGAAGGAUCAGUCAGUGGCAGUCGACAAGCCGUCGACCGCGGAUUUUCGGGGAGCGUACCCGAAAGGAGACGAACCAUUUGGAACGGGAUGCUCGAAGCAAGUUGGCAAGCCAAAGCCAAUGUCGAAAGUGCCGGUGAUCACGGAAUUUGAAGAUGGCUCAAGUGAGGACAGCGACAGUGAUGGCGACAGCAGCAGCGACGAGUCGUUCAAAGACGUUCGUGCGGAGAGCAGCCGACGAGGCAGUCUGCGAAGGAGCAGAGUUGCUGACGGGCCGGGGCCAAGAGUUGGCCGAAUCUACGGAGAGCAGCUAGACGAUCGAGCGGAAAGCAGCCGGCAUAGCAGUCUGCGGAGAAGCAGAGGUGCUGAAGGGCCAGGGCCAAGCGUUGGUCGGAUCUCCAGGGAGCAACUAGCUGCUCGAAAAGCAGUGUCGCAACACCUUCCAAAGUUUCGGGGAGAAGCAGAAGUCUGGCCGCUGUUCAUUAGCAGCUUCGAAUACACGACGGCGGCGUGCGGAUUUUCGAAUCUGGAGAACCUGAAGCGGCUACAGGACUGCUUGCAAGGCGACGCACUGGAGGCUGUGAGAAGCAGGCUGGUUCUACCAGACUCAGUUCCGGACGUGAUUGCAGAUUUACGGAACUUGUUCGGCAAGCCGGAGAAGCUGCUGAAGACGCUGCUGACGAAGGUGAGGAACGCUUCAGCGCCGAGAGCCGAUCGGCUGGAAACCUUCAUAAGUUUCGGCAUCACCGUAAAGCAAUUGUGCGAUCAUCUCGAGGCGGCACAGCUCAACGACCACCUCAACAACCCGAUGCUAGUGCAGGAGCUGGUCGACAAAUUGCCGCCGAGCUACAAGCUGGAUUGGGUCCGGUAUAAGCGCGGCAGAGUGGACAGUCCGCUGAGGAUGUUCACUCGAUUCACAACCAACAUCGUUUCCGACGUCUCCGAGGUGACGGAGUUCUCAACGCUGUCAGUGAAUGAGCGAGCGCGGCCUGGGAGAGAGAAUCCGAGGAGAAAGGAGUUUGUACAUGUGCACGAAUCCGAGCGGAAGCAGAGCGAAGGUUCUCGCAGCGAGAUGGCCAGCCGGCCAUGUUGGAUAUGCAAGCGAACGGAUCAUCUCAUCCGUAACUGCAAUGAGUUCAGACGAAUGAACGUCGUGGAGCGGCUACGUGAAGUCGAGAGGCAGAAACUUUGUGGAAUCUGCCUGAACAAGCACAGUGGAGGUCGGUGUUCGUCGAAGAUCCGGUGUAUGAUGGGGAAUUGCCGGGGCGGUCAUCAUCCUCUGCUGCACCGAGUGGAAGAAUCAGUGCAGCUGCAAAAAGCGAAGUCGGACUGCACGGUUAUUUUCCGAAUGAUGUCAGUGACGCUCUACGUCGGCAAGCGACAGUACGAUACCGUCGCGUUUCUGGACGAAGGUUCGUCGGCGACGCUGGUGGAUGAUGCAGUGGCAAAACGGCUGAAGGCAGGAGGAACACUCGAGCCGCUGAUAGUCACGUGGACCGGCAAUAUCAACCGGUUUGAGAACGAGUCUCGGACCGUAGAGAUUUCCAUGUCGGCGAAGGGCUCGAAGGAAAAGUAUCCGCUGUUCAAUACGCGAACGGUAUCAGAGUUGCAGCUGCCCAAACAGAACAUUCGGUACGCAGAGGUGGUCAAGCGAUACUCACAUCUCGCGGGAGUGCCGGCAAAGGACUUUCCCUCAGGUGUGCCUACGAUCCUCAUCGGACUGGAUAAUCUGCAUUUGUUCGCGCCGCUGGAGUCACGGGUUGGAAAGCCGAAUGAGCCGAUCGCCGUUCGGUCGAAGAUGGGCUGGACGAUUUACGGCUCCGAGAAACGGAGGCCUACUGCGCAGACGUAUUUAAAUCUUCACUCCGUCACAACGGUGAGCAAUCAGGAGCUCCAUGACCGGAUGCGGGAGCAGUACGUGCAGGAAGAAUCGCCAAAUACAGCGGUCGCCGUGCCGGAGCCGACGGAAGAAAAGCGGGCUCGACCGAUUUUCGAGUCAACGAUGAAGCGAGUAGGCGAUCGUUUCGAAACGAGUCCAAUGCUGAAGGAGAACGUGUGUCAGCAGAUAGAAGAAUACCAGUUCAAGGAAUACGCUCACAGAGCAACUGAUGCGAAGCUCUCGAAUACACCACAAGCAACUGUGUGCACUUGGGUGCAAGGACAACGGUUUCGGUAUGAGAACGAGGAAGAUUGGCCGAGAAAGAACUUGCCACCGACGAACACAGCGAAGGAGCUACGGGUGCACCUACUGUUGCAUCAUGUGAAAGUUGCAGCGAUUCUUGUGGAUGCCAGCCGCUUUUCGAUGUGGACGACUCUGGUGCGAAUAGUGGCCUGCGUGUAUCGAUUUGUGUUGAACUGCAGGCGAAGGAAGGAAAGGCUGCUGGCUGAAACACCGCGAGCAAUGAGUGACCAGCUGAAGGUGUGGAUGGCAUCCUCAGGUGCGUCGGUUCGCAUACCAUUGAAGCAAGAGGAGUACGAGAAGACGGAGCGGUGGCUCUUCGAAGCAAGCUUCGAGGUAACGCAGACGGAGAGCUUAAUCGACGAGCGGAAAGUGCUGUGGAAGAAUAAAGACCGACCGGUGGACCAAUGGAUGGCGAUCGAGAGGUCCAGUCCGCUGUACAAGCUGACUCCGAUGAUCGAUGAGGAUGGAUUGAUUCAGAUCGAAGGCCGAACCAAGAGGGUGGAAUUUCUGCCACUCGAUAUGCGAUUCCCGGUGAUUCUACCGGAUAACCACCGGAUUACUCAGCUGAUCUUUCAGGAUUAUUAUGAGCGGAGUCACGGAUACCACCAGGCGGUGAAGAAUGAGUUGCGGCUGCUGCGCGUAGAUGCUGUAGUCCGGAAAGUGGCAGCUUCCUGUGUAUGGUGCAAGGUACAUCGAUGUCGUCCGGAAACUCCAAGAAUGGCGGCACUGCCAGUGCAGCGACUAACGCCGAAUCUACGGCCGUUCAGCUACGUCGGAGUCGAUUACCUGGGGCCGUUCGACGUGACCAUAGGGCGCAGAACGGAGAAGAGGUGGAUCGCACUGUUCACCUGCAUGGUAACACGCGCAGUUCAUUUGGAGGUGGCGUUUGGACUAACGACGCAGUCUUGUUUGAUGGCGAUACACCGGUUCAUCGGCCGCCGUGGCUGGCCGGUCGAGUUUUUCUCGGACAACGGGACGAAUCUCCGAGGAACCAGCAAGGAAGUAGUUGAGUCUGUGCAGGGCAUCAGCGAUGACUGUGCAGACCAACUGACGAACACGAGGACGAAGUGGACGUUCAACCCCCCGGCCGCACCGUACAUGGGUGGCGUUUGGGAACGGUUGGUACGUUCGGUGAAGGAAGCGCUCACCGCGCUCGAUGACGGAAGGCGAUUGACGGACGAGAUUCUGCAGAUGGCGAUCGUUGAGGCGCAGGACAUUAUCAACUCCCGUCCGCUGACAUACGUGUCGCAGCAGUUUGGUGAAGCAGAAGCGCUUACUCCGAACGACUUUCUGAGGGGCGUACCUCCGAACCAGCCGUGUGUGACGGGGCUACCUCCCCAACCAGUGGAGGCUCUUCGGGACGCGUUCCAGCGUUCGCAGCAGUUAGCCAGCGUGAUUUGGGAACGGUGGAUUAAGGAGUACGUGCCGUCAUUGAAUCAGAGGACGAAAUGGUUCGGCGAAUCGAAGCUGUUGCGAGUCGGGGAGAUAGUGUACGUGGUCGAGGGUGCUUACCGGAAGUGCUGCGUCCGUGGAGUAAUCGAAGGGGUCAUCGCGUCCGGCGACGGAAGGAUCCGUCAAGCGUGGGUGCGUACCAGUACUGGAAGGUACAAACGUGCGGCAGUGAAGCUGGCCAGGAUGGAGAUCGACAGUGGUAACCCUGAGCCGGAAGUGGCUUCCGGGACAGAAUUACGGACCGGGGAAUGUUCUGGCAGCACUGCCGAAACCCUAACGCCUCGCGGUAGGCGUUUGGCCGAUGAGGAAGUGUAA